AGCGAGUGCAUGCAUGCUUAUUGCACACUCGUGACCACCUCAUUUCAAAAAAAAGAAGCAAGACUUUGUUUUUUUAUUCUGAGUCUGGACACCUCGAAAUGACUGUGGCGCGGUUGGGAACUUUGUUUCAAAAGAACGUGGGGGUGUCGCAUCGCGCCUGAAGUUCUGAAUAAAGAUGACGCAUGACGUUCCCAGCAAUGUUUUGAUUCUCUCCAUCGUGACGUCACCGGCAAUACUAUACAAAAAAUGGUUCCUAGUUAGUUUGGCAUCGGAAGGCAAAGUGUUUUCAAACUUUAAAUGGUACAGUUUCGACAAAAUGAAGGGCUAAAUUGGUAAAACUGGCGAAAGCUCCAAAAAAAUGGAGGCGCAUGCAGAAUGUGGACGCAGACUGCGCACCACCAGUAGGAGAAUGUACGACGAAAACGAAGACUUCUCUGAUGUGGAGGAGAUCGCUAAUAUCCGAAGUUUUAAUUUAGAAGAGAAGCUUAGAAGCGAAUCAUACAACGCCAGCUACGUGAUGUGGAUGGAAGGAAAAGAUUUUACUUAUGGAUACGUGCAAAGGGAAGCACUCCGGGUUCCUCUCAUAUUUAAAGCCAAAGAUGGACUGGGGAUAAAUAUGCCUGACAGCGACUUUAACGUCAGUGAAGUCAAAGGACUAGUAGGAAGCCGUCGAGCGGUGGACGUGAUGGACGUCAGCACCCAGAAGGGGACGGAGAUGAGCAUGGCGCAGUUUGUCCGAUAUUACGAGACCCCAGAGUCUGAGAGAGACCGGCUCUUCAAUGUCAUCAGCCUGGAGUUCAGCCACACUAAACUGGAGAGCCUGAUCAAGCGGCCCAUUGUGGUUGAUUUGGUCGACUGGGUGGACAACAUGUGGCCACAGCACUUAAAGGAGAAACAGAUUGAAGCCACUAAUGCCAUUUCAGAGAUGAAGUACCCCAAAGUUCAAAAGUAAGCGUUUUUUUGCAUUCAUAGCAGUGAGUCAGAGUGAA